AAUCUAUUUCUCUCAUAUUACAUCAUUGUCUAGGCUUAUUUCUCUCUUCUCUCUCAAUCCCUCUCCUGUGGUCCUCGACCUAUUUAAGUCCCUCUUAUCACUUUCUCAGUUUCUUCAUAUCUCUAAGUGUCUUUACACAAUACUUCCUUACAUUUCAGUUUUCUUCUCUUUCUGCUUCCACACCUUCAACAAAAUAUAAAACUCGUGGAAUAAACAUAAACCUUCUAUAUCUACUGGCUAUAUAGACUCUUAUUUUUCUUCAUAAACUUAACUCCCUUAUUAAGUAUUAUAACCUUUUUAUCUCUUGCUACUCCUCCCCAUCUCUUCUCUAUUGUCCAAUCCGGAGAAAGAGAUAAAGUACGCAGCUUAAGUUUCACUUUCUUGCGACAUAAGUAGUGUUACAACUAAGCAACAAGUAAAAUCCUACAAAGAAUGUCUAACAGAAGAUCAAGACAAUCUUCAAGUGCUCUGAGGAUCUCCGAUGACCAGAUGAUCGACCUCGUAAGUAAGCUCCGUGUUCUUUUGCCUGAGAUUCGUGAACGACGCCGUUCUGACAAGGUGUCAGCAUCGAAGGUACUACAAGAGACAUGCAACUAUAUAAGAAAGCUGCAUAGAAAAGUUGACAAUCUCAGUGACCGUUUGUCGCAGCUCCUCGACUCAGUUGAUGAAGAUAGCCAAGAAGCUGCCGUCAUUAGAAGCUUGCUUAUGUAACCUUCCAAUAUAGUGAUUUAUUAUAAUAGAAAAUAUUAAUUUAUAUGUAAUAUGUUGAUCGUCCUUAAUAUACUAUCAAGCGACGUGUUUUUAAUGAGCUUCCGAA